UGUAACUUGAAACUUGACGCGCCUUUGUAAAAUGGCUUAUUAAAUGAGACACGCCAGGUCACGUGCUACUCUACGUUCAUGUCUAAUUCUCCGCUCUUGCCAACGUUAGCGGCCACCCACCCUCUCCCAGCUCAGGUAGCUGGCCAUGUGGGCAUUGAGACAACGGAAGACAAUUCCCUUUUGCUCAAGCCAGCCCUUCCUCGUGAAAUUGAAUUUUAUCAACGAAUCGCCGCAGCAGGCGAUCACGAUGAAUUAUCGAAGCUUAGAAAGUGGACCCCGAAGUUUCUGGGCGUGCUGAAACUCGAGGGACAACUCAAAGAUUCAAACGCCGUUGGGAAUGAAGGCGAUGGAAAUGUGGAAGUAGUUCCUGUACAUGGCAAUAUAGCACCACAGGAUAAAGAGCGCCUCGUUCUUGAAAAUAUUGCGUACGGCUUUGUGAAGCCUUGUAUUCUGGAUGCGAAACUUGGCACUAUCCUCUACGAUCAAGACGCGUCUCCUGAAAAGCAAGCGCGCAUGAUCAAAGUCGCUCAGAAUACUACUAGCGGCGAAAUGGGCGUUCGCCUCACAGGAUUUCAGGUGUACGGCAACGACUCUCCCAAACCUAUAUUGACGCCCAAGUCGUACGGCAAAUCAAUCAAGAAGGAGGAGCUUCUUAACGCCAUUAAGAUGUUCUUUCCCGUCUCAUCUGCACCGUAUCCAACACCGGCGAACUCUACUGAGGCAUCAGAUUCAGACGUAUCAAAGCCACAUCUUGGUCUUCCUCCUAUCAUCCUUCACUGUGUUCUCACUACACUCCAAGCCAGCUUAGAAGAAUUGAAAGCUAUCAUAGCGAACAUCGAGAUGCGCAUGGUAGGCGGGAGUGUUCUCAUAGUGUACGAGGGAGACUGGGAACGUGCCUCGAAGGUACUUUCCACGCCUUCUGGGACUACCACGACUGAAGACGACGACGACGACGAUGACGAAGACGAAGUAGAGGUUGAGAUAGAUGAAAACGGACAGAUCAUUCUAGAGUCUAUACCCGACGAAGCGAUAGAGGAGGAGGAGGAGCACCAAGCGCCUUUGUGUUCCCUUUCUCUCAUAGACUUCGCACAUACUCGACUUAUGGAUGGGGCAGGUCCUGAUGAGGGCGUGCUGAAGGGCAUACAGACCAUGAUCGAUCUUCUUGGACAAUGGAAGGACAACAUCACAGCGAUGCUGCCUACGCGCGACGGAUAACUUGAUUGCGGUCAGUUGUGGUCUAGGGUUUUGUGGCACAUAGCAGACUUGGAAGCCGGAUCAAACGUUUGUAUAUCAGUAAUGAGUCACGACUAAUAUAUAAACUCGUAGGUUCAACUGAACGGGAGGGGACAAGACAUAAACCUGGCAUCGCAAAAUGCAGAAUAAAUGGUAUCUAUAACUCAUCUUCUCUAUCCACAUGUGUCACUAUAGGGAUACGAUUAGGAAACUGCGGAAUGUUCCAGUAGUACGAGCAGGCUUUUGAACGUUUGAUGCGCUCGGAAGGACUCCCGUUGGGUCACGAAAGGAUCAAGCUAUGGAACAAGAGAGAGCGGAAAGCGUUAAAUAAUCUAUUCCACUACGGGUAGA